AUGUCCACGACGCCCAAACAACGCCUGGCGCUAGCCAUCUGCGACUUCCUCACCAAGUCCCUCACAGACGGCACCCUCCCCGCCGACGACAAGGACUCCAUCGACGUCGCGAUAAACUGCAUCGCCGACUCCUUCAAGAUCGACGCCUCCGCCUCUUCCUCGGCCGACUCCGAAUCCCUUCUCCAAAUCUACACGGCCUACGAAACGACCCGCGGCGCCUCGGCGCCCGAGCCCUCCGACGAGCAGAAGAAGGAAGCCGAAGGCCUCAAGAGCCGCGGCAACGCCGCAAUGGCCGCCAAGGACUACGCUAGGGCCAUCGACCUGUACACGCAGGCCCUCGAGCUGCACCCGCGCAACGCCGUGUUUUUGUCGAACCGCGCCGCUGCUUACUCUGCUGCCAAGGACCACGAGAGCGCCCGCGGGGAUGCGGAGACUGCCGUUGCUAUCGACCCCAAGUACACGAAGGCAUGGUCUCGUCUUGGCCUCGCGCGCUUCGCUCUCGGUGAUCCGAGGGGUUCCAUGGAGGCUUAUCAGAAGGGCAUCGAGUAUGAGGGUAACGGCGGUAGUGAUGCCAUGAAGAAGGGGUAUGAGACGGCCAAGAGGCGCGUUGAGGAGGUCGAGGGUGAGGGGAACCUCGCCGCUAGGAGUAGGGGAUCGCCGGCGUCGCCCGGUGCUGGUGCUGGUGGCAUGCCGGACUUUUCGAACCUCGCUAAUAUGUUUGGCGGUGGUGCUGGUGCGGGCGGCCCUGGAGCUGGGGGCAUGGACUUCUCUUCUAUCCUUAGCAACCCCAUGUUCCAGAACAUGGCCCAGAGUCUCAUGAAUAACCCCGAUAUGAUGGCGAGCCUUAUGAGCAACCCUAGGCUAAGGGAGAUGGCGAACCAGAUUGGCUCCGGUGGCGGUAUGCCUGAUAUUUCUGCCAUGAUGAGCGAUCCCACCAUUGCUGAAAUGGCCCGGUCAAUGAUGGGUGGUGGUCCCCCCGGCGGUGCUGGCGGUGCUGGUAACCCGGGAAGCGGAAACACCAACUAA